AUGGCGACCAACGGCAGCUUUGCUCAGCAGGAGCAGUACAAGAACGCGACUGAGCAGUACCCAGCUACCUCAGGUGCGACUGAUGCCACCACCGGAAAUGCCUCGGGUAACGACCUUUCUAAGGAUGAGGUUGGAUGGUACUUCGUUGAGCAAUACUACACCACCUUAAGCAAGUCCCCGGAGAAGCUUCACCUGUUCUACGGAAAGAGAUCUCAGUUCGUCUCUGGUCUCGAGGCCGAGGUCACUUCGGUUUCCGUCGGCAGACCUGCUAUCCAAGAGCGCAUCAAGGACCUCGACUUCCAGGACUGCAAGGUUCGCGUCUCCAAUGUCGAUUCCCAAGCUUCGCACGACAACAUUGUCAUCCAGGUCAUUGGCGAAACCUCCAACAAGUCUGCUGAGUUGAAGAAGUUUGUUCAGACCUUUGUUCUUGCUCAACAACCUACCGGAUACUUCGUUCUCAAUGAUAUCUUCCGAUACAUCAACGAUGAGGGUGAAGAGGAGCCGGCUGAAAACGCCCAGGAGGAGUCUGCUGGACCUCUUGUCGAGGAUGUCGAGAUGCCAAAGGCUCAGGCGACAACUGAAGAGUCAACUGCUCCAUUGGACCCAGAGCUGGUUGAUAAGAAGCUUGAGGAGGUGGUCGCUGAGCCAAAGAAGGUUGAGGAGGCCCCAGCCACCAAUGGCACACCAGUUCCUGAGGUUCAAGCAACCCCAGUUGCCGCACCAAAGGUUGAAGAAGUCCCCACCCCAGAGGUAGCCGUAAAGGAGAUUGAGGAGGAGAUCAAGGAGCCAGAGAAGCCAAAGGACCCCCUCCCAAGCCCCGCCAUCACCAGGGCACCGUCUGCCACCAAGCCAGCUGCUCCAACUCAACCGACCGGUCCUCCCAAGCCUUUGAGCUGGGCAAGCAGAGCCGCAGCUGCAGUCGGUUCAGCCCCAAAGCCUGUCGUCCCAGUCGUGGCCCCAAAGACCUCUACGCCCCCUUCCCAAGCUCGUGCCGCUCCUCCAGCUGCUAAACCUGUCCAAGCUCAAGCUCCAACCCCAGCCCCUGCUGAGAAGGAGAAGGAAAACGGAGCCAAUGCUGGAUGGCAAAAUGUUGGCGAUCAUGCAAAGAGACAAAACCGACCCCAAUCAGUCUCUGCUGGACCUCCUGAGAAGGACCCAGGUACUAUGGGCUACGUCAGAAAUGUCACAGAGAAGGUUCAGACCGAGGAGUUGCGCGCUGCAUUGGGUAGUUUUGGCCAGCUAAUCUACUUUGAUGUCAACCGUGGAAAGAACUGUGCCUUCGUCGAGUAUGCCACGCCUGAGGGAUACCAGGCCGCAGCUGGGGCAAAUCCACACCAAGUUUCUGGAGAGGCCAUCUACGUUGAGGCUCGCCGUCCUAAGCCCAGCGCUUACGGAGGAAACGGAUAUCCCGGAGGAGGACGCGGAGGUCUCAACCAACGCGGAGGACGUGGCCAGUUCCAGAACAGAACUCGAGGCAGUGGAGGCGCUCCUCGCGGCCGAGGCACUGCAACUACAUCUGCUUGA